GGGGAGGAAGGAUGGAGGGUGUUUUGAUUAUCAACAUCAGAAGUAGUUCGUCCUGUUCGCAACAAAAUUGCACGAUUCUGACUUCCACUCUAGUAUGGCAAGAAAUUACGAGAAAAAUUUCGGUAGAUUGAACAGGCUUUGGUUAGAAAAAACAAAAGGAAAGAAAGAAAAGAGGCCCAGGCUGAGUACUCUCAAGACAUCAGAAGAAAUAUCGUGUUGGCUUCCUUCCAUAAAAGAUGAAUUAGAUUUUUUUCUUAAGCAAACUGAAGUGCCUUGUUACACUGAACGCAAAAUUGAUGAGUGCCGUAAGCAUAUAUCUUGUUUAGAGGCUGAAUAUAAAGCGUUUGUAAGGAAACUUCAUCAGCUCAACUCUGGGCUGAAGACAACUCCGUGGUUACCUCGUCCUUAUGAAAAGAAAACAUGUGUCAGGUCAGCGUUAUCUUUGCACCCCUCAGGUGCAGAUUUGCGGCUGGGUCAAAUUAGUUCCAUUCAAACUCCUGUAUUGAUGCAUGAUACUAUUUAUCAAGAGGAUGAAGUUGAAACAGAACUCUUAGAAACAGACAUUCAUUGUCAGAGCAACAAUGAAAUGCUCCUAUUUUCUAACUCAACAAUUUUUACCAACCAAUGCCCUCAAAGGACGAUUGAACAGAAGAUGAUUAUUGGGAAAGAAUCUUUCGCCAACAAUGAGAGUGGCGUAUCAUCAGGUACUGAGCCUCAUAGGUGUGCAGAUGUUUCAGAAAAAAAUCCCCUUGGUCUGGAUUACAGCUCAUCCGACGAUGAAAGUUAGCUCAACUAAGUUUAUGGCAGGGCAGCAGAAAGAAAUCACACAUGGAUAUGAUUCAAUAGUAUAACUUUAUUCAUAGAUGUAUUUAUUAAUAUAAACUUUUUAUAAUGCUCAUAAAAUUUUGUAAAUCUACCAUUUACAGUAUGUACAGAACAAACUUAACACACUGGGUAGGUAAAGAAUUACAAUUUAAGAUAGACCAUACAUGUGUAAUAAUUAAUAUUCAUCAAUUCUAGUCAAAUUACUAAUUGACCAACACAUGUGGUUGACAGGUUUUGUAAAACUUUAUGUACCAAUAAACUCAAAUCAAUGAGA